CCACCAUUUCCCCAUAUUUCUAGUGUUGUUGCAUUUGUUAGGUGUCAAAGGUGUCAAAACAUUUUUUUUAUACGUUUCCUUCCUUGGAAUGUAGAGUGCUUCAGGCUUUUUUCAAUUUUUCCUGAAGAACAAUUUCCAAAAGGUCUACGAAUUCGCGAAUGUUUUUAAAGUCUGCAAAAUUAAGACCAAAAUGUGGCACGAAGCUAGGCGUCAAGAGAGAAAGAUCCGAGGGAUGUUGGUUGACUAUAGGAAGCGGGCGGAAAGACGGCGAGAUUUUUAUGAAAGAAUUAAAGCUGAUCCCACUCAGUUCUUACAAAUCCAUGGCCGGCAAUGCAGAAUCCAUUUGGAUCCUGCAGUGGCAGCUGCUGCGGACAGUGCUGUAAUGAUGCCAUGGCAAGGGAAUGAAAAUAACCUCAUAGAUAGAUUUGAUGUGCGUGCUCACCUCGAUUACAUUCCAGCUGUUAAAAAGGAGGAGGAGUCUGAAUUAACCUCAGAGGAUCGCCAAGUGAACUAUGAAAGAUAUAGAAUUGUGGCUCAGAAUAACUAUCUAGGUAUCUCUGAGGAGAAGUUUCUUAAGCAGUUACAUUUGGAAGAACAGUUUGGGUAUACGGAGAACAAAAGUAAAAAAGACUCCAAGGGAACGGGUGUUGCAAUAGGCUUUAACUAUGAAGAAGGUACAGCAAUUGCUGGCCCCCAACCACAUGACACUCAAGACGAAGACAAUUCCGAUGAUGAAAAUUCCGACAGCGACUUGGACGUUGAUCUGUCGAUAAACAUAUCGAAAAUCGAUCCCACUCAGGCCCAUGAAAUGAACAAAGCAGGACAACAAUUUGGUAUGGCCGGCAACGAUUUCUAUUCUUUUCUAACCAACGACAUGGAGGAGGCCGAAACUUAUAAAUUGGCAAAGGAGGAAGAGCAUGAAAAAGCUUUAUAUUCUGGACGUAAAUCAAGAAGAGAGAGAAGGGCCCAUAGAGAGAAACGUUUGGCCAAUAGGAAAAUUAGCCCACCAAGUUACGCGGCAAAGGAAUCUCCUACUAACGCCUUGAGGGAUGAAAGUAAAUCGCCUUCCAGGUCACCGUCACCCGACGAUGGGGAAAAAAUCACUUAUAUUACUUCAUUUGGAGAUGAUGAAGAGGUAAAUAAUAAACCAACGUACGCGGACAAAGUGAAAUGUGGAAAAUUUAAAGGACGUAGUGGUAGCUUUGACCGUGGGGUUUUUUUCGAUAAAAAACGUAGUUCGACUACCAAGGAAGUCGUUUACGACAGAAGGAAAUAUUCGAGGAGCCCAAAACGGUCGAGAAGCAGGUCGUGGAGCAGAAGAAAACGAUCGAGAAGUGGAUCUGGAAGGGGUAGAUCUCGUCGAUCUAAUUCUCGUUGUAGAUCGAUAUCAAAGCGAAGCAGAAGCGGAUCUGUAUCUUUAAAAACCAGCAGGAAGAGUCGUUCUAGGAGUAGGUCGAGGACCAAGAGACCUAGGAUUAGGAGUUGCUCUGGAAGUAGUAAAUCAAGGUCUAGGAGGGUUAGGAGCAGGUCAAGGCAGGCGUCUCGCGAUCGUAGAUCAUCAUCGCAGUCAUCAUCGCCUCUUUCGAGUAGUAGCAGCAGCAGCAGCAGUAGCAGGUCUCGAUCACUGACCAGGUCGCGGUCAAAGAGUCGCUCCAAGUCAAAAUCUAAAUCCGUGGAACCAAUGGAAACUUCCUCGAGAAGUCCGGUAGCGCCGAAACCGCCGAUAAUCCGAUACUACGGCAGGAAGAAGAGCGACGUGAGCUCGUCGGAAUUGAGCAGCGCGGACGAAGAAGAGGAGGACAUAGAUUUAGACAGCAAGGCAGAUAAUCAGGGCAGCAGCGACUCAAACCGUUUUGGUAAUAAUUCUGGCUCCGCGUCCAAAAGACCAUCGGCAACGUUAUCUGUUAUUGAAAGACUCAAGCUCAAACGACAGGCGCUCAUUAAUAGACAAUUUAAAAAAGAUAAGAUAGCAGAGUCUCAAAAAAUAGAACGUGAAAAACAGGCACAACAACUCAGAGAGGACGAAUUAAGGGAGAUGGCUUUAAAAUUACGUAGAAGACAAAGAGAGCUACGCCACGCGUACGACCGAAGUUCUAGUUCGGACUCGGAAUCAAGUCCUGAUUCAAAUAAAAGAAAAGAUCGCGAAAGUGACUCUCCAAAGAAAAACAGCAGAGAAAGAGAACCAAGCAGAGAUAAACGGAUAGAAAGAACGAGAGAUCGAGAGACGCAUAGGAGGAGUGACAGUAGAGACAGAAACAGACGUAGAAGAAGUAGGUCCAGAUCCAAAGAUAGAAGCAGGAGAUCCAGGUCUAGAUCUAAUAGAAGAUAUGACGGAGAUAGGAAUAGAUCACCUGGUAAAGAGUCAACUAGGAAGUUGGUGGAUUAUUAAGUUACUUAUGCUUUUAUUUUGAAAUGCCUAAAGGGAUUUUUUUUUUUAACUUUAACUUGUUUGUUGUUUAACUGUAGAUACGGUGGGAUGUAACGAGAGGUGUUUUAUUUUUAAUCAACAACUGUGGGUAAUUAUUUUAAAAAAUAGCUUUAUAACUUGAUUUUUUAGGGUAAUAAAAAUAUGUAUCGUAGGAAA